UAACUUAAGCUCAAAUUAAAAUAACUUACCUAAUACCUAUAUAUUAUACUUAUUUUAUCCCUUUAUGGCCAUAUAUUAUAUGUAGUUAUUGUUGUGUGAUCUAAUUAAAUAAGCAGUGCUGCCAUAAAUAAUGAAAAAAUAAGAACAUCCCGACACAAAGGUACUCUGGAGAACUCUUAUCAAAAAUCAAAAUCCAAAAUUUCGGACGUGUUUUUACCACGAUUAAAGAUAUAUCUUUAAUCGUGGUUUUUACUAUAUUGUUCUAUGGUUUUUACCACCUCCCAUGACUAUAGAUAGUACUUCUAUCUUUUACUUUCCGUACUUCUAUCUUUAAUCGUGUCACCACUCACCUUCCACAAGACGCUUGUAAAUUUCCUUUGAUUUCCUUUCUUUUAUUCUGCGGUACUUCCAAUUUCCAAUGUUAGCUAGUAUUAUAAGGUACUCAGCCAUUAAGAUUCAUGAGUAAUCAAAUAACAAUAUCAUGAGAUUAUAAACAUUUUCAGAUCAGUACAAAAAUUAAAAGCCACAGAAAAAGAGUACCUAAUUGAAAAACAAACAUUUAAGAGGAAAUAAUUCAAUAUGAAACUAUGAGGAACAAAUAUUGAUGAUUGGGCGAUAAAUUCCAAAACUAAAACUGGAGAUAAAGAUAACACAAUUGACGCUGAAAUAAAAAUUGAAGUAUUCAAUUACUGACGGAUAUGAAUUUAAAGGAACAGUUUUAAGUUAUAGCAACUCUUCAGAAUUCAUUACUUAUAUGAAUUCGGACGAGACAUCUAACUGCUCAAGGGAAAAUCCACUGACUAAUAUCUGUGAGAAAAUGUCUACAGCAACCAAUUUAACGGCACAUAACGAAGAAAAGCCGUAUAAAUGUGAUAUAUGUGAAAAAAAGAUAUCUACAGCAUCAGAUUUAACAAAGCAUUUAAGGACACAUACCGGAGAAAAGCCGUAUAAAUGCGAUUUAUGUGAUCAAGCUUUUUCUCAAGCACAUUAUUUAACUGUGCAUACAAGGAAACAUAAUGGAGAAAAGCCGUACAAAUGUGAUUUCUGUGAUAAAAGGUUUUCUACAUCAUCAGCAUUAACAAAGCAUACAAGGACACAUACCGGAGACAAGCCUUAUAAAUGUGAUAUCUGUGAUCAAGCUUUUUCUCAGAAAACAAAUUUAAAAAAACAUACAAGGAUACAUACUGGAGAAAAACCGUAUAAAUGUGAUAUCUGUGAUCAAAGUUUUUCCCAACCACAUACUUUAAAAACCCAUAAAAGGACACAUACCGGUGAAAUUGCGUUUAAAUGUGUAAUCUGUGAUCGUGCUUUUUCUCAAGCAUAUAAUUUAAGAAGGCAUGCAAUGACACAUACCGGAGAAAAACCUUAUAAAUGUGAUAUCUGUGAAAAGGGGUUUUGUACAUCAUUAGAUUUAACAAGGCAUACAAUGACACAUACCGGAGAAACACCAUAUAAAUGUGAUAUCUGUGAUAAGGGAUUUUGUACAUCAUUAGAAUUAACAAGGCAUACAAGGACACAUACCGGUGUUAAGCCGUAUAAAUGUGAUAUAUGUGAUCAAUCCUUUUCUCAAGCACAUCAUUUAACGGGGCAUACAAGGACACACACCGGAGAAAAGCCUUAUAAAUGUGAUAUCUGUGAUCAAGCUUUUUCUCAGAAAACAAAUUUAAAUACUCAUAAAAGGACACAUACCAAUAUAGAGCCAUAUAAAUAUGUUAUCUGUGAUUUAGCGUUUUCUAAAGCCUCAAAUUAAAAAAUAAAACGAGGAUACCUACCAGAAAAAUGCUACGUAUUCAAGGGACAUAACAAUUAUAUUCUAAAUAUACAAAUUAUUUUAUAAAUUAAAUAAUAAUAAUAUCGUUGUUAUCAAUAUAUAUUAUUAUUACACUACAAAACAUAAAAUAUAUUGAUUUAUAUUGGUACCGCUGUCCAUUGGUUUCUCUGAGAGAUGUUAUAUGUAUUCAUCGAACCGGAAUUUUUAAACAUGAAUGUUGUGAGCACUUCCAUGACAAAAUCAAAUAGAAAAUCGUACAUGCCAAUAUUUUUAAAACAGGUGUAUUCAUCGUUUCCUGUGAUAUUUUAAGCGCCAAGACUAUAGUACAAAUGUUUUCAAACCCUUUUAUUAUGCAACAAUAUAUUAUCUCGGGUGAAUGUAAACUCAGUUAGUGAUGAAAAUCAAAUUAAUAUAUCAUAUUAUUAUUUAAAAAAAAAAAAAAAAAUCAAUUUUUAUAGUAAUAAUUAUUGCCCUCAUUAAAUAUUAGCUAGAUAUGCGUAUAUGCCAAAAAAUAUAAAAUACUUAAAAAUAAAAAUAAUAAAAGGCCUCUCUAAUAUCCACCGCCAAACCAUCUCGCCUCAGAAUACUGGAAUCGG